AUGCGGCGCUCUCACAGCAGCAGCAGCAGCAGCAGGGAGGGAGGAGGAGGAGGAGGAGGCGGAGGAGGUAAGAUGGCGGCUCCCCGUGGCUCGGCGUUAGCUUUAGCCUUCGGAGAGCUCCCACACGCGGCCUCUCCACACCCCGGGAAGCGCUGGGUCUAUUCCCGCGAACAGCUGCUCCACUCCCCGUCCCACCGCUGCGGAGUGGAGCCCGACCGGGAGCUGUCCUACCGCCAACAAGCCGCCAACCUGAUCCAGGACAUGGGGCAGAGGCUGAACGUAUCUCAGCUGACCAUCAACACGGCCAUUGUUUACAUGCACCGCUUCUACAUGCAGCACUCCUUCACCAAGUUCCACCGAAACAUCAUGUCUCCUUGUGUCCCUCAGAUCAUGUCCCCUUGUGUCCCUCAGAUCAUGUCCCCUUGUGUCCCUCAGAUCAUGUCUCCUUGUGUCCCUCAGAUCAUGUCCUCUUGUGUCCCUCAGAUCAUGUCCUCUUGUGCCCCUCAGAUCAUGUCCUCUUGUGUCCCUCAGAUCAUGUCUCCUUGUGUCCCUCAGAUCAUGUCCUCUUGUAUCAUGUCCCCUUGUGUCCCUCAGAUCAUGUCCCCUUGUGUCCCUCAGAUCAUGUCUCCUUGUGUCCCUCAGAUAAUGUCUCCUUGUGUCCCUCAGAUCAUGUCCUCUUGUGUCCCUCAGAUCAUGUCCCCUUGUGUCCCUCAGAUCAUGUCUCCUUGUGUCCCUCAGAUAAUGUCUCCUUGUGUCCCUCAGAUUAUGUCUCCUUGUGUCCCUCAGAUCAUGUCCUCUUGUGUCCCUCAGAUCAUGUCCUCUUGUGUCCCUCAGAUCAUCUCUCCUUGUGUCCCUCAGAUCAUGUCUCCUUGUGUCCCUCAGAUCAUGUCUCCUUGUGUCCCUCAGAUCAUGUCUCCUUGUGUCCCUCAGAUCAUGUCUCCUUGUGUCCCUCAGAUCAUGUCUCCUUGUGUCCCUCAGAUCAUGUCUCCUUGUGUCCCUCAGAUCAUGUCUCCUUGUGUCCCUCAGAUCAUGUCUCCUUGUGUCCCUCAGAUCAUGUCCUCUUGUGUCCCUCAGAUCAUGUCCCCUUGUGCCCCUCAGAUCAUGUCCUCUUGUGUCCCUCAGAUCAUGUCUCCUUGUAUCAUGUCUCCUUGUGUCCCUCAGAUCAUGUCCCCUUGUGUCCCUCAGAUCAUGUCCCCUUGUGUCCCUCAGAUCAUGUCUCCUUGUGUCCCUCAGAUAAUGUCUCCUUGUAUCCCUCAGAUCAUGUCUCCUUGUGUCCCUCAGAUCAUGUCCUCUUGUGUCCCUCAGAUCAUGUCCCCUUGUGUCCCUCAGAUCAUGUCUCCUUGUGUCCCUCAGAUCAUGUCUCCUUGUGUCCCUCAGAUAAUGUCUCCUUGUGUCCCUCAGAUCAUGUCUCCUUGUGUCCCUCAGAUCAUGUCCUCUUGUGUCCCUCAGAUCAUGUCUCCUUGUGUCCCUCAGAUCAUGUCUCCUUGUGUCCCUCAGAUCAUGUCUCCUUGUGUCCCUCAGAUCAUGUCUCCUUGUAUCAUGUCUCCUUGUGUCCCUCAGAUCAUGUCCUCUUGUGUCCCUCAGAUCAUGUCCCCUUGUGUCCCUCAGAUCAUGUCCUCUUGUAUCAUGUCCUCUUGUGUCCCUCAGAUCAUGUCUCCUUGUGUCCCUCAGAUCAUGUCCUCUUGUGUCCCUCAGAUCAUGUCCCCUUGUGUCCCUCAGAUCAUGUCCUCUUGUGUCCCUCAGAUCAUGUCCCCUUGUGUCCCUCAGAUCAUGUCCUCUUGUGUCCCUCAGAUCAUGUCUCCGGCCACUCUGUUCUUGGCGGCGAAGGUGGAGGAGCAGCCGCGUAAACUGGAACAUGUGAUCAAAGUGGCACACGCCUGUUUGAACCCCACAGAGCCCCCGCUGGACACCAAGAGUAAUGCAUACCUGCAGCAGGCUCAGGAGCUGGUGGUUCUGGAGGCUAUAGUUCUACAAACACUUGGUUUCGAGGUCACUAUAGACCACCCUCACACUGAUGUGGUCAAAUGCACCCAGCUGGUGAGAGCGAGUAAGGACUUGGCACAGACGUCAUAUUUCAUGGCUACCAACAGCCUCCACCUCACCACCUUCUGCCUGCAGCACCCCCCCACAGUGAUCGCCUGUGUCUGCAUACACCUGGCCUGUAAGUGGUCCAACUGGGAGAUCCCCGUCUCCACCGACGGCAAACACUGGUGGGAGUACGUGGACGGGAACGUAAGCCUGAAGCUGCUGGAUGAGCUCACACACGAGUUUCUGCAGAUUCUGGAGAAAACGCCGAGUCGACUGAAGAGGAUCCGGAACUGGAGGGCAACUCAAGCUGCUAAAAAGCCUCGCUCUGACUCGGAUCUGGCUGGUCCGGGUUCUGCGUUGCCACUGGAACCGCCCCCUCCUGGCUCCGCCCCCUCCACCUCGGCCCAAUGGCCUGCGCCGGGGCGGAGCCUAAAGGACGCCCCCAAGAUGUCGCUGGAACGAUACCGAGAAAAACACAAAACUGACUCUCAGCAGCCGAGCGUAGACUCUGGAAGCCACACCCUAAAAGGAAAGACUGGGGGCGGGGCUACGAGUUCAGGGGGCGUGGCUUCAGUAGGAGACAAAAAACAAAGGGAUAAACGUGCAUGGACGGAGGAGUGUAGUUUAAGUUUCAGCCACCCGUUGGCGCCUCUGAGUCCUCUGCCGGAUGAACCGGAGAAGAGGAGACGGACCGAGGCCACGCCCACCAGUCAGGCUACACCCACCCCAGCCUACAAGAGCGCCAAAGUGUACAGAAGCCACAGUCCAAAAGGACUUCGUGCCGCUCUGCUUUUCUCGUCGUCGUCCGAGUCUCCGCGUGACGACCACAGACACUGA